AUGACGACCAAGAAGCACGCCGACAAGAAGCCAAAGAUGCGCCGAUUUAAAGCCAGCAAUCUCCACAUGGUGUUGCCUGAAGACACCAUCAAAGGGCUCAAAGAAGGAACCAUUGAUGUAAAGGACGUGGCUGCGGCUCUUGGUGCCAAGCAACUUGAUGACAAUUCGACGACAAAAUUAACAGGCAUUCUUAACCACUGGCACCGCGCAGUUGCAACUGGGCUUGCAAAGAUGGCAUUUGGUGUUCCACCUGGGAAUAGUGCCUCAGACCACAGCAUCAGCAUUGCCAUUGUAAAACUUGCAACUGACCUUUUAUCAGGCUUGCAAAUGAUCUACCGCUCAUUGAGUGCAGUGGAAGGACUCCCAUUCGAUGACUUGGACUAUUGGCUGGUGAAGAUCUUCCAGCAGGAGCAUGACCGUUUGCUUUUGAAUUUGACUGGUGAGAUUAUCAAUAUCACUGGGCACCCUCCGGCAUACCAUUCACCUGCCUUCAACACAUCAUUGGACCACUUUGGCUCUAUCUACAAUGGCUUCCAUGGACCCCCUCCUAAACAUUUGCAUGGUGAACUGCAGGCUGGCCUCCACCAUUAUCACCAGGCGCAGUUCGCCUGUGGAGGGGUUGCAUUUGGCGAUGACCUUGCCCAGACCACAUGCUGGGAAUGUGGUGUUGACAACCAGGAUGUUUUCAAGUGCUCAGGCUGUGAUGCUGCAAGGUACUGUGGUUCGGAGUGCCAGAAGAAGAGCUGGAUAGAAGGACACAAAAGCAGGUGCAAAAUGUUGCAGAAGCAAUACCAGGUUUUACGGACAAAUGAAAAGGUCAUCACCAAAGCCUUGAAGGCAGGUUCCAUUACUCCAUCAUCCACAAUUGCACCAAAUCCACAUAUUGACAUGGCCAUCCUCCUCCCUGGUACCGGUACCGUAAAAGUAUAUCCCAGAACUGAGAGAAAUACUGAGAGCCUGUACCUGUGGUAGUGGAUCCUACAGGACGUAUUGAUCAAGGUAUCCAACACCAGGCGACACCUGGUGUAUGCUGGUUGAUCGUUCGUUCAUUCAUACCAGUGAGCGAACGAAACGUCACGUCCUCGCACAUAAGAAAAAUGAGGCUCGCACCUCUACUACUCACCGUUAAGAUAACGUCGCACCUCUAUUAUCUCGAAAACUCGAAAAAGCAAAGUCCUCGCUCGCUACUACUAGCUACUACCAGUGCUAGCUAGCUAGAGAGAGUACGUUCGAAAAGCACAAGUCCACGAAAUCGCUACCGGCACGAAAAAGCACAAGUCCACGAAAACGAAAAAGAUCAAGUCCAUGCAUGUAACAAACUCACUAUAAGGCAUGGCUACCAUGCUGAUUAAACUAAGGUCAACUUUACUGAGCACGAACAAUGCAAAGAUCCUCAUGCAGACUGCCCAUAAUGGU